AAAAAAUGCACUCAAACUUGCGUUCAAACGUACAGUCCGGUUUGUGGUAGCAAUGGACAAACAUACACCAACCAGUGCUUAUUAGAGCAUUUUGCCUGUAUUCAAAAUUUAACCAUUACAAAAGUUGAAGAGGGUCCGUGCCCAAUCCCAACGACACCGGAAUCAUGUAAAGAUGAUUGCCCAAGAAUUUACGACCCUAUCUGCGGAAGUAAUGGUAAAACAUUCGAUAAUGAAUGUUUAAUGAAGUAUACAAUAUGCAAAACAGAACGAAAAUGUGAUCCAAUGUGUGUGUACGACCCUAAAAAUUCGAAACAAGUCUGUGGCAGUGAUGGUAAAACAUACAACAGUGAAUGCAGCCUCCGGUAUGAAGCCUGUAAUAACAGUAAAGUCCUAACUAUCCUUAAUCACGGACCUUGUCAAAGCAAA